CCUAGCGUACGCUCUCCACGCUCGCAAGGUACGCACUUCCCGCCACUAUUCAAACUUGGAACGUUCGAACCUUUUUUCUUUCUUUUAUUGCAAGCGCACUCGCGCGUUCAGCCAAAACUAAACUGCCAGUGUCCAAAUCGCGGCCGUUGACAUCGGGUCCUUUGAAAUGGAACGCUUUACAGAAAUUCAUUUUUCGAACGCGGUUUUGAAUAUUGGCGGGAACGUGUGACGUGAUUUUUUUUUAAUUGACAGUGAUCGUGACUAAUCUGCCUGAAAGUGAACAAUGGUGAAUUACACUUAAUAUUUAUCAGUGCUUUUAUUACAUCAAGAAUUAGAAGAAAGUUUUUAAUAUAAAGCGCCAGGAUGCGUGCGGGGGUGUGGUGCGUGGCGCUCGCGCUGUUGGCGAUCGGCGGCGCUCUCCGACCCACUCAGGCGGAGGGAACGACGCGAGUAGGCCGAAGAUUGUCAACACACACGUCCACAGAGAGCAGCGCUUUUGAUCAGGAGCAUGCUUCUACUCCAAGAAGAGGGUCGAGGAGAAGAGAAGAAACCUCGCCGCGGCAAGCUGUGCGGAGAACAAGGACACGUGAUCCUCAAAUUGAAGAGGUCACUGAACCAGAAAGUAAACGAAGUACUGCCAACGAACGUUUCGAUUCGAGAAAAGCUAACAGCCGGACGCGUAGCAGGCCCGAAACAGAAGAAGACACGCCUAAAGCUAACGUCAUUAGAAGCAGAACGCGAUUCAACCGACCAGCUCCAACCCAACCCACUCCUACUUCAAAAGCACCAGAGGUGACUUCUCCCAAUAUAGAUGAAAGCAAAAUAGAAGUCAUCAAUUCAACUCUAGAAGAAAUAACCAAAACGGUUUUUAAAGAAUAUGAACCUGUGACACAAUCUAAUCGAAGAGCUUCAACUCGACCCAGUGCAGUCACUCAACGAAGACGUGGCCGAGUCAAUGCCAGAACCAAUGAACAAUCAGACCUUGCCAGUUCAGGAACGACGAAUUCCAUUUAUAUUUCUGAAAGGGGACCCACUACUGACAAAAUGAUAGAUCUAAAAAGUUCUCGAAAACUAAGGUAUAAACAACGCCAAUCAGAAACUGAUACCAAUUUAACGGGUCUUGGUAUUACAGCUUCAAAUGAGGUUCAACAGUCUAGUCAAAAAGCGACCCCUAGUCAAGAGACCAAGCUACCUGCUGCUGUAGAAAAUGUUCAACAAAGCACUGAGACGAACCCUUUGAAAACGACGACUUUGAAAGUCAUGAGAAUAGUCAGGCGGCCAGUUCAGAGAGGAAAGGGAAGCUUCAAGCCAACCGCAUCCGAUUCCCUUCCAAAAAAACGCUCAGAUGAAGUAAGUGAAGACGACAAUUAUCCUGAACCAUUUAAAGCGCUGUUGCAAGCUAAAAAUGCUUCGGCACAGUUUACCUCUCCGAAUGACGAGAAUCUGAAUUUGAAAGCAUCACAGAAAGUUUACAAUUCCUUUGCACCAUCACAACAGACUUCACUGAACUCUCUUAAAAACAAAUACUCACGGCCACGGCCAAAACCCAUUGUUGAAAAGGAAUUAAACAAUGACAUUAAACCUACAGAAACAACAGAGGCAUCAAAGACUCUUUCUACCAAAGAACCCGGUUAUAAGUUUCGUUCUCAACAGACCACAAGAAGUAGAAAAUUUAGUCACCUUACUUCAACCUCAACCGCCGCAAACACAGAACAAAGCAGUGAAAAACCCACUUAUAAAUAUAAUAGGAAAUUCAAAGUGAGCACUACCGAGGCUCCCCAAAACGGAGUAAAAGUUAACUCUAAACGCAUUGAAACUAACAAUCUUCUAAAAAAGUCAUCACAAAGACCUACAUUUUAUUCAAGAAGAAAUGCAACCAAAAGUGAUUUCAGUACGACAGCCAAAAGUAAUGAAGAAAACCUUAAUAUAGGAAGUGCUUUAGAAAGUAUAUCAAAACAUAAAGCGUCAUUGACGAGAACGUCGUAUUACAGUCGACAAAGAAAUAGCAAUAGAGUUUUAACUUCAUCUGUCCCGUCGACGGAAGAGCCUUUUAAGGAUACAAGCAGUGUCAUAGAAAAUGCUGAUAGAAAAAACACAGAUAAUGUAGAUAUGCCUUUGAUAUAUACAUUAUUAAAACCCACCGACGUAUCACAAAAUGAAAACAGUCUCGAUAUUUCACAAAAUGAAAAUAAUAGUGAAAAACCCCAUAAAAUGUUUGUCAUUGCAGUAACAAGUAAAGAGUCUCCAGAAUCUAGCACAGAAAAUGAAAUGACAUCUAAUACUGUUGAGGAGACUGAAGUGAAGCCUGUGGCGGAGUCAUCGACUCCAAAAUAUCAUGCGACGUAUACAGUUCCUCAACCCACAGCUAAAGCAGAAGAACAUGUCUUGAGUGCUGUACCUCCAAUUAGAAACAUUCCGACUCGGAAAUUUGGACGAGGUAGAUUUAGCUCAAGAAGUCAAAAUGACGGAGUCUCAGAAGAACCAGUGACAAGGGACAGAGGUGCCGGGAAGUAUACUGAUUCAUAUCCAAAAACCACUGAAGCUUCUACCAAUGGGAUAAAUCCCGACCCAGAAAAGUCUAGACAUAGAUUCAGCUCUAAAUAUAGAGCUUUGCAUGACAAACCGAUUUAUAGAGCACCUGUGCCCACGGUUACACCGUCAACUAUAGAGGGAGAAGAAUAUCAAUUAGGGCCAGAUAUGAAUGCUAUCACGUUUACUCAAAUACGAAGUCCAGCUGAACUAUUGAAACUAUCAGAAAGUUUGGUGAAACCACACGUCAUGAAUGUCGAAGCUUCACAACACUCUCAGUCAGUUACAGUAUCAAUAUUCGAUGCUUUAGCUGAAAUCCUUACGUCCACACCCAGAAAUCGACUAUCAUCAACAACAGAAGUACAAAAACAAAACAUUAAAACCGAUUCUUUACAAUCACUCGACGUCGUGAGUAGCAACAUUAAUGUAAAUAGCGGAGUUUUGCCAAGCCAAGACACGUUGAAUGUUAUUGUAAACACUAAUGUACAAAACACUGACAAGACACUAAAUGUGAAUAACCCAUCGGUUGCGGCUGGCGCAGCAUCAGUGCCGACGACGCCCCAGUCUUUACCCACACCCAUCCCCACUACUCCCGUUUCCGCAAGGAAACCUUUCGCUUUCAAAGUCUUAUACUCAGAACCAACAGACAAACUUACGACUGCACUCGAACCAACAUCAAACCAGCCAUCGACUGACAACCCGUCAACGGUAUAUAACACUGUUUCUGAUCUUUUGUUGUCCAAUAACAAUGUAGUAUCGUCUGAACUAACCAGCAUGUUGUCUAGUAAUAUUAACAAUAUACUUCGAAAUGUGGAUGAUAGGACUAAAGCUAGAGUGCAAGCCGACAUGAAUAAAAUAUUAAAGAAUUUGAUCCCCAGGGCUAUAGAUGGUUUAGAUGACAAUGUAGACUCUACCCCAAAUACCACUCCCUACAGUUUGGAGGAGAUCAAAGAUACAGAAAAUGUAAGUUUCGAUGUAAAUUUAAAUGUAAAUGAUAACCCGGCGUCCUUUGAUCUUCUUCAAAAUGCAGGAACCAGUAUCAAUGUAAAUAUCACAAAUGGUGUUGCUAAUACAGUUAAUGGUGUAGAACAGACUGAUUUUAAUGAGAAUGUUAAUAACCAAGGUUUUUCACAAUUAGCUAGUAUUUUGCCAGAAUCAAAUGACGGACGAACGACGAUAGCUAACACAAAUCAAUUAGCCACGGCUCCCGCAACUACUGUGACCGUAACACCUUCUGAUGCUGCCAGUGCUAUUUUAGCUUCGUCAUUCGUUCCCAAUAAUAGCAAUAGAGUUGUUUUUGACAGUGGGUUUAACAAUGCUGCACCCAAUAAUCCGAAUGCCCCUUUCCCAUUUUUAUCAAACUUCCAAAUAGAUGAUUUUACUACACAGAAUUCAGGUAAUUUUAACAACACAUCAGUUUUGCAAGGUGAACCUAUACCCUUCAGUUCAGUACUUGCAACACCAUCUCAAAAUGACGACGAUUCUAACAUUCAGGACAUCAAUGACGUGACACCCCUUCAGCUGUGGAUAUUAUCUAAAAAAGCACGAGUACUGAAAAUGAUUGAAGACCUUAUACGUGACCAUAAUAACGAACUGGCAAAUGCAACUUCACUGACAGAGAUGUUUAGACAAUCAGAUAGCUCUCCUAUAUCUGAACGACUGACAGAAAUUAUGAGUACUAUGAAUACAACGACAAAAUCGACCAACUCCGACGACUCUUCUCUUUCUACUACUCCUCCUCCUUCUAUCCUUUCUACUCUUCCCUCAAACGAAUCUUUCGAAGCUGGCCUGACUACGACUAUAGCGGCGUCUGAAACUAAUGCAUCGUUUACAACGGUAUCAGCUCGUUUAGAUGACAUUAGUACAAGUACAUCGUCUACAUCGAGUAAUGCAGAGACUGCUACUGCUAUGUCAACAACAGAAGCUACCGUUGAACUGUCGAAUAGAUCACUAAAUGAGUCCACAACAGCUACAACUAUACAGGAAAUAACCACGCAAAGUAUAGAAACGGUCACGCCUACAGACGUCGCUACCACAACGCAAGUGAAUCAAGAAACUACGACUCAAAAUGAUAUCGAAACAACUACCGAGGUAGAGAUAGAAACUACUACAAAUACUAACGAACAGGCAGAUUCAGCUUCAACAUUUGUUAAUCUAAAUAAUAAUAAUAACCAAUCGACUAUUCCGAAAAAAGAUUAUGUUAUAUUCGGAAUACUGCCUAACAACACCGUGAUUCGUAAAAAUCCUAACGACGACAUUUUGGAAACAUUAACAGAGGCAAGCCCUUACAUCGUUUAUGGUUUGCUACCCAAUAACACAGUAAUACGGAAAUUCCCGAAUGGAACCAGAGUACCUCGAGUUAUGCAAAAAAUUGACAUACUACCAAUCAGUCCAUGGAGUUUGAGGAACCCAUACAGCCCCAUCCAUAACAACCCGGCCAUUGUCAGACCACAGUCUAACCCCAUCCGAGUAUCCACUAAUGUAGAGACAUCCACCUCCAAUAACGGAACGGAUCGUUUAACUACCACCGACACUGUAAAUAACCUUCAAAAUAUGAUAUCGACAUCGGCACUUAAUUUAAAAGAUAGCAGUAGAGGUGUAACUACUGUGGCUAAUAAGCCAGCUGAGCAAAGCACAGCCUCGCAUGUUUUGAGUUUACGCACUACUACAAUGCUACCCUCUGUCGAUGAGAUUCUGCUUAAUAGUAUAUCUUCGGCUGCUAAAGAGGAAAUGGUUAUAUCAUCAAUGACGAGUUCCACUCGUCAGCCUACAAUAUUAACACUGGAUAUUGAUCCGGAGACCAAACAAAUACGCACUGAAAAGCCUGGUGAAAUAAAAUUUAUAUCAAUCGACGAAGUGACCACUACUACAUCUCCAAAUUCGAAUGUCUUAAAGUUGGCUUCCAGCAAAUCACCCACUACCACUGUAACUAGUCAAACGGAGACAGUUACCGAGUCAAGUACACAGACACCUCAGAUUCCGACACAAGUACAAAAUGAUGAUCAAACAACCACCGUCCAAGUACCUACAGGAACUAUUUCGGAUGCUAUCCCUGAAUCAACAACUGUGCAAAGCGUGCUAACGACAAGUACUACUGAGGCUAGCACAACUCCAUUAGUAACCACUGAACCAGUCACAACAACAACCAUGGCUCCAGUGACAACGAUCUCAGAGACUACGACAACUACUGCGAAAUUGAUAGAAACGACGACCGAACUUAGAACUACUUUAAAAACAACUACUGUAGCACCAACGACGGCUGCACCGACUACUGCUGCUGAAACUAUAUUUCCUUCAACAGCUACCCCUGCACCAACAGAAGGAGUUACCAAAGAGGAUGCAACAAGAUAUAAUGAAGAUGCAGCCCUUUUAGAGGCUAUUCUAAGUGGUGCUGAACGUCUUCCUAAAAAACUGAACUUCAAUAAUUUAGAUCAGAACACCGGUACUUCAUCAGUUAAUACUCAAACUAAGCUGUUAUCAACUACUAAACAGAGCGAUGAUGAUAAAUUCCUACAAGAACUUCUCUCCGUCGCUGGCAAAAACCCGCAUUCUCUAGCAAUUCCAAAUAUUGGAACGAACAUUAAUGUCAAUGGUGUGCAAACUACAACAGCUCGUUCCAUAGAAGAUGAUAUACGACAAUUUGAAGAAGAUACGAAAUUGUUGAAAGCCCUAUUAGCAGCUACAGGACAAGACCCAGCCAAAUUUAAAAUACCGACUUUAGAUAUUAAAACUACAACAUUACUUCCUACAACAGAAACAACAACAACAACAUCUAAACCCACUACAACAAGACUACAAACAACCACACCGUCAAUAGACGCAGACAUAACACGGUUCCAAGAAGAUGCUAAACUUUUACAAGCGCUUCUACAAGCUACCGGUCAAAAUAAUGGAAACUUUAACAUCCCUGUUAUAACGGGAAUAACUUCAAAUGUGAGAAUAGCGUCUAAUCCGCGCAUGACGUUGAUGGGGUCAAAUCCCACCACUCCUUUAAACGUUAGACCAAUAUACACAACACUGAGAACGACGACGUUGCCCCCUACCACUGUUACUGUACCUACUACAUUCCAGUCUCGUGCAACCGACCCUACAACCGCUCGGAUAUCUACCACGUUUCCGCCAUUCAGAAGAAGACCAACUGCAGCAACUUUAUCUACGACUGUGGCGACCGCUCGGCGAGUUCCAAUACCGGGUUUCACGAUAACAACAGAAAUUCCUACUUCAUCUACAUUUUCAGUUGAAGAAGAUUUAGCUUUCCUAAACAAUCUGAAAUCUGUUCUUAACACAAAUACAGAUAGUACGGAUCCUGAAGCAGCAUUAGCUAACCGCAUCAUAGCUCUUGCAGUAGAUAGAAGUUUGAAUGAAAUCAAAUCAGGCCAAGGAUCUGAGCGUACGGGAAAGAAUCUGGUACCUACUGCGGCUCCCACUACAACGACCACAACGACCACAACGACCACAACCACAACCACAACCACCACAACACCGCAGCCAACCACAGCCGCCCCCAGUACACCAUCCAUCGAAGAUGAUUUGAGACAGUUUCAAGAAGAUACUAAACUCUUGCAGGCUUUGCUCAAGGCAACUGGACAAGAUUCAUCUAAAUUUAAUCUACCGACAAUACCAAACAUUAACACUAAAGUGAGUCCGAAAAUACCACCAGGAGUACACAGUGACCUAAAUCUUCUCUCAAAUCUUCUUGCUUCACCUUCACCACUCAAUGAGCCGUUCGAUUCUCUCACUCAGAAACCAAAAGAGCAAAUUCAGACGACUGUCAGUACAACUCCUAAACCUUUUGGCGCAAAGAUUGCAGUAAAAGAUGACGUUAAAAAUGUACAAGAUGACGGGAAACUGUUACAAACUUUAAUAAAAUUGCAGGGCGUGCAAGAAACCACGACGCAAAAGAGUAAAAUUGCUAUUACAGGACAAUCAACAGAUGAAGCAUUAAAGAAACUGAUCCAGCAAACAAAGUCGCCGGGCAUGGUGCAAGAUGCGACCAAGAUGCCAAUCGCGAUCAGCACGGAAUACGGAAAGAGCAACGACGCCCUCCUCGCUGCCCUGCUGAAGGAGCAAGGCUUCGGCCCCACCACCGCUAGCUCUUUGGACGAGCAACUCCGUCUCGCCGCAUUGCUCAAUCAAGUGGUAGUGACGCCGAAAGCUAGGCGGACGACAACACCGCCUCCGCCGCCGCCGGCGCCUAGAAGACCGAUCCUGGACGGGCUGACGUGGCUGUGGCAGCAGUGGCGAGAGACCGGGCCCGGGACGGGUGCCAAGAGGCCGAACAGGAGGCCUGACCCGUCCCCUACGGCCGCGGUGUCCGCGUCGCAGGCGACGAGCAACAGGGUCAACUGGUUUGGCUCGGGGCCUUUCGUCGGGAACGCGGACGAUCGGCCGAACAACAGAAUACCUCUGGACCCGCCGAGGGCAGUGACCUCGGAACAGACCCCGGGACGAGGGCAGCUGGUGUCAGCGGCCAUUAAUGUGACCAGGGCCUUCUCGCAGUUUUUGGGGGCUGCUAUUCAGGGAGCCGCUCAAACUGUCCAAAGCGUGAUCCGGGCGGGACAGCGGGCAGCAACCGACGUAUACAGCAACGGCUCAGGAGCGUCGGGAUAACGUCGGACCGAGGAUAUGCGCCCCUGGUCGCAGCAGUAGGAAACUACGGGGUUUUGAAGAGUUAGAAUAGGCAAGCAGGGGUAGGCAAACACUUUUAUAAUGGGCCAUAUCGUAGAACCGCUUCUGACUGAACUAUUUUUUAUCAAAUAUGUAAGAGUCUGUUUCAUCCAACCGCCUGUCACCGAUUUAGCGAUCGGUAAAUUUAAUUUUAAGGGAAGUUUCAUAGAUCUCUCAAAUGGGGUGUUCGUCAAAAUGGUUGAUGCAACUAGCCCUAAAUGUAUUUGCGGAAAAUGUGAAUAAUAUUCACGCAAGAUUUUUAAUAAUUUCGUGUAUUUUCCAAAGCGAUGAAUAUUGAAAAAAUGGAUUUAUACUCCACAAGGUCCACUUUGAACGGAGUUGGCCUAUUUGUACUUCGUCCAUCCCUGUUCUACAUUUCUAACCCUUCAAAUGCUAUUCCCCACAGGCUCGGACUGUAAACUUUUACGAAAGUGUCUAGUAUGCACAAUGUGUCGAGUGCUCAACAUGUAAAUAAAACCUAGAAUAGUUUAGGGAACUACCUAAUUCAAAUUGAGCUUCAUCUUUACGCAUGUUCCUAAAACUUACUGAAAUAUUUAAUUCUUCGUAUUUUUGGUUUUGGAUAUGAUCUUGUUAGACUGUAGUAUUGAAUGUGAUGUUAGCGCUAUUUUAGUUUUAAUAUUUAAUUAAGGUGUUGUGUAAAUAAAAUAACGCAAGUUAAGUAGGUAUUUUUUUUAAACUUUAGCACGUUUUUUUGCGAAAAUUAACAGUUCUGUAUCUGAGAUAUAAAUAAACCCAGUUUUUAGACUACAUUUAUGGUAACGUUGCAGCCUGAUAAAAUGUAUUUCCAUGAUUUUGCCUAUGUUCAAGUUAAAAAUGCACGCAGAGAUAGCUUAGUCCGACUCUAUGUUUUCAAUUGUAGCUUCAGCUUAACUACAAUAGGAACUUAUAUUUCGCAUUGGCUGUAGUUUCACAUAUUUUAUUAGGUACCUCCUAGUAUAUUGUCAACUACUACUUUUAACCAUAGCGCCACCGCAGCGCACCGCGACCUUGAAAAUUUUCACGUAAGUGAGAGCGCGAAAAAAACUCUUUCUCGCUUUCACUUACAGGAUAGUAGGUAUGUGAAUGACUUUGGUGCGGUGCGGUCGUGUGUUAGCACUAGAAGGAUCGCGCUCUUUUAUAAAAAAAUAGUUAAAAUUAGUAUUAAGUCUUGACCAUGUGCCAUCGCACGUGCUUUUUACUUGCUUUCUUUCGCCUUUAUUUAUUGGUGUUGAUAAUUGCCAUUUAAUUAAUAUUUAAACAUAUACGAUUGUAAUAUAAAUUUGAUUGGUAUUCAAAGUACUUAGACUUUAUUAGGUUUUUAUAAGCGACAUAAGAAUACAUUGAAAUAUAAAUAAUUAAUAGGUAGGUAAUUAAAUAAUGAAACGGUUAAUAGGUACUUCUUUUAUGUAAGUACAGUUUCGAAUAAUAAAAAUGCGAUAAAACUACUUGUUUCGCAAUUUUUUGUGUAGUUAUUGUACCUAUAUUAAACUGUUCUUGUAUAAAAUUGUUUAUAAUGUACAGCUUUUCACUGCCUUAAUAUGUAGGUAAUGCUAUUUUUGUAUAAUUUGUUUAGAAUAUCUUUACGUAAGUAGCAAACAAGUUAUCCAUUGACUUUAGUAAAAAAAAAGCAAUAGUAAAUGAAAGUCUUUAUAGAACUAUAAAAAUAAACAUUUUUUUGUUCUUUUACCAUUAGGCAUUAAAAAAUACAUAUACUUACUAUAUUAUUGACCGAUGUUAUAAAUUAUAAUAACAAAAGAAGUCACAAAAUAUCCAGGUCUAAUUUUUUUUUUAUUCGACAGUAGGUAGUUUUGAAUACCUUUUGUAUAUUGUCAGCGAACGUUGUUGUGUAGAAAGAAAUAAAAAAAUAUUUAUAAAACAAA